CUCUCCAGCCUUCUUAUUUCCUUUUUUAUAUAACCGCUCCUUUCUUCCUUCCUAAUUCUUUUCCUGACCUUCGUUAGGGAUUCACGAUUUCGCCGAACCGAUCCCGUUUUCUCGUGGUAGGAGGUUGCUCUUACGCCGGAAUUGAUCGCCGGUGGCACCGGUCUUCUGCGUGGAGUCGAAUUUCAAGAAGAUUUUAGACGAAAAUGAGGGAGUACGAGAGAGAGUAUGAUCGGGAAAGGUAUGGAGAAGAUGAGUAUGAUGAUUAUGAGGAAGAAGGUGGAGAAGAAGAAGAAGAAGAAGAGGAGGGAGAAAGGAAGCCCACGAAGGAGGAGCAAGACUUUCUUAAGUUGAGAGAACAACUGAAAGAAAGAUUCAGAAGAAACUCGAAGAAAGAAAGUGCUAAAGUUCUUGGACAUACGCCGCGAUCUCAGGAUAGGAGGACAUCAGCAAAUGACAAAUUUGGCUCCUUCUUUGGUCCUUCACAGCCUGCUAUUGCUCAACGGGUUAUUGAGAAAAGCCAAUCGAUACGUGAAACUCAGCAUAUUACAGCUAAACUUCAAAGUUCUUCAAGUAACAAAAAGAAUUCUACUUCUAUAUCCUCUGCAAUGAAGACAAACCAGCAAUAUCAGCGACCGAAGGUUGUCAAUGAGAUAAAGAGAAAAGCACAAACCCUCAAAGACAUGCGCGACUAUUCAUUUUUACUGUCGGAUGAUGCUGAUAUGCCAGUUCCUGAAAAGGAUCAAUCUGCACCCCGGAUGACUACAGAUGUUCGAUUAGCUCAAGCAUCAUUGAAGAACAAGUUGCCUAUUAGCAAACCUGAAAGGCAGAGUGUCAUCAGGCAUCACUCCAGGAACUCUACUGCUGCAAACAGGCCUAUGCCUGCCAAAGGUGUGGCUGUGAAAGAAGCUCUUGCAAACAGGCCUAUGUUACCUUCAUCUGAAUUGAGGAAAGCGGGUCAGAAUAUUUCUGGAAAUGGGCCUGCCAGACCUGCAGGGAAAAUUAUGCCCUCUAAGUUUCCGGCGCGAGCUGCAAUAACAAAUAAGCCUCAACCUAAGGUUACAAAUGGUUCAACAUUGGAGAGAAAACCAUCAGCAAAGCCUCAGUCUACCACCCAAAAUAACUUUGCAGCACACAGAAAAGUGCCUCAAGUGGCAGAUAAAGUAUUAACUACAAAGAAACAGCCGGAAGUAUCCUUGAAACAUCAGCCUCUCAAGAGAAACCCAUCACAUGGUAUUCAUGAAGAACGACUGAAGAAGAAGCCACUGAAGAGGCACCCAUACUCAGAUGAUGAGGGUGAAGAGGCUAUUAAUAUGAUCAGACAAAUGUUCGGGUAUGAUCCUAGAAAAUUUGCAAAUGACGAUGGUGAUGACAGUGACAUGGAAGUAGGUUUUGAUGUCAUUCAGAAGGAAGAACGAAAGAGUGCCAAGAUUGCUAGGAAGGAGGAUGAGGAGCAGCUUCGCCUUAUAGAAGAAGAAGAGAAACGUGAGAGAAUGAGAAAGAAGCAAAAACUUGGUCACCACCGGUGAAAGAAUGCAUGUCUACUCUUCUGAGGAGAUGCCUGCUCGCCCACAUAGGACGUCUUUGUUUCGCAGCAUGGUUCCUCACAACCAAAGUUCAUUGUUUUUGCGCUAUAUGUGAUGUUCUCCAUUUUGUGCAAGAUUUAGUAACAUCCAUUUUAGUACCAUUUAUUUUUAGCAACCGGUGAUAAGAGAUGUUCUCUCUGUAAAGUAAUCAACUUAUUUCUGAAAUGUAUGAUGAUUUCAAGUCA